AUGUCAGCAGACGCACAUAUAUCUUCAUCACGAUUACGUGCACCAGUCAAUCUUUCAUCUUCCUCAAACAGAACGAGAGCAAGAAGGAUAAAUGCAUAUCAUGAUGGUCAACUUUCAUCCCUUAGAGGUAUGUUAAAUCUGGAUUAUCAUGCUUCCACUUCAUCCAACGAUCCACAAAGGAUGUGGGUAGAUGGUAGAAUGCAAAGAGAAGUGUAUUAUUCAUCAUUAGCAGCAACCGAUCUGGGAUCUGGAACAAACAGCGGACAGAGACAUAACCAAGAUCAACAUCAGACCGAUGCAUUAAAUAAUGACUUAUACGAACAAGGCGGUGAAGAGAUUGGUGCUCCAUCUGGAUCAGAUAAUUGGUUAGAUAUGGAUAGAUUUGAAGAUUGGCAAAAGCCAACUUUGGACAUUCUUUGUCCUGAUAUUCAUAUUCUCGAAGAAGAACAAUUAUUUCCAAUCGCAAUUGCAGAAGAUGGUGAAACGCUACCAUCUGAACUUCAUCCUUCUCAUCCUUAUGGCGAUUUACAUCAACCUUCUCUACCGUACUCGAAUCGAUUUCAAGUACUCAGAAGGCCAGGAGGUCCGGAUGAAGCUCCGAAUGGUAAAGCACGAAAGCGGAAAAGGCAGCAGGAUAAAGCAGAAGAAGACAAUUCUGAAGAAGAGGACGAUUCGGGCCCAGACGAUAAUGCUGAUAGCAGUCAAUCUAAUCACUUCUCAAUCGCACUCAAUCCACCCAGAUGGCCGUUCAAGCGAUAUGGUCCUGGCCCAGGCGGUCCUAAUUCGUUGAUGCGAAAUGAACUUCGAAAGCCAUGGAGACCGUAUAGGGCAGUAUGGACGGAAUUAGACUUGGGCUCUAUGGGGUGA